AUGACGACGAACAACUUUCUGACCGUCCCCCAUCCUAGUCCAGCACCUGAGCCCGAGGCUUCAGCGACUUCUUCCACGUUGACACUUAGAGAUGACCGUCUUUACGUGGGGAAUCUGCACCCUAGUGUGAACGAAUAUGCUUUGCUACAGGUUUUCUCCAAGUGCGGGAAGGUGACGAGACUGGAUUAUCUCUUUCAUAAAUCUGGCCCCCAGAAAGGUAAACCUCGGGGAUAUGCUUUCUUGGAGUACGGCACUGCAGAGGAGGCACGGAAAGCAAUAGCAGCUUUCAACGAUAAAAUCGUCCAGGGGAGGAAGCUUGUUGUGACCUUCGCUACCCAAUCUCCUUAUGCGGACGUUGCUUCAUCAUCACGCAGUGGAUCACGACGAACGCCUUCCGAGGCUUCUCGUCCAACAACCUUAUCCCUCAUUAAGUCCUCUUCGAAGCCAGAAACGACAGAGUCCAAAAUCGCCGCUCUCGAAGCCAAGCUCAAACAGCUAAGAGCCCCACCAACCCCCGCAGGCGAGAAGCCAACAGGUCUAGCUGCACUACCCAAGAAGCCUCCACCGCCCACCCAUGGGCAAUAA